AUGUUGUUAUCGACCGCGAUCUAUCGGCCAGCGACAGAACCAUAUUCUUCCAGUCCACAUCGUUUCCAGAUCGUUCCGGUGUCUUGGCGAAUCAUGGCGUGUUUGAAAGAUACAUCGACGCGAUUUUCGAACUACGUUACCUUAUCGCUAGCCGACCGUAAAAUGACGAAGCAACACUUUCGUUGUCGUUCGUUUUAACACCCGCUUUGAUCGUUCCACAUAUUCUAACCUGGCCUAUUAUCCGUUCAACCGAAAUAACUUUCAACAAUCGAAGAAAUUGAUCUGUCUAUUGAUACGUGGUUAUUGCUGUCCAUCGAUAAAUCAUAUGUAUAAUCUCGUCGUUAGAGAGUAGUGUAUGUAUUUGGGUGUGGAGCCGCGAUUGAACAGUGGAUUGAGCCCUGGAAAUGGUGGCGAUGGCCAAGCGCAGAUCAUUGGCGCGGGUGUGAUUGGGCCAGCGAGCGCCGAAAAGAACUGCAAAAGCACGCACCUGACCGCGAAACAGCAGGCGAUAUGCUCCCGCUCUCCGCCAGUCCUGCAGGCAGUAAGUGCUGGCGCGAGAUUGGCGAUUGAGGAAUGUCAGCAUCAGUUCAGAUCGGCAAGAUGGAACUGCUCCAUCACCCCGGAAAAUCCGGAUAAUAUUUUUGGCGGCGUGAUGCUAGUCAACAGUCGCGAAGCAGCAUUUGUAUAUGCAAUAUCAGCGGCAGGGGUUGCUUAUAGUGUCACCAGAGCUUGUUCCAGGGGCGAACUCACCGAUUGCUCGUGCGACAACCGGGUCAGAACACGCCAUCCGAAUAAUUGGCAAUGGGGCGGUUGUAGCGAGGAUAUCCACUUUGGAGAGAAGUUCUCGCGAGAAUGGUCAGACAGUGGCGAAGAACCUGUAAAGGAGGGUGUGCUACAUGGACCGAAAGGGCUGGCUGGCCAGCUAAUGAGGAAACACGAUAGUGAAGCUGGCAGGCGCGCAGUCCGCUCAAGAAUGCAACGCGUAUGCAAGUGUCACGGAAUGUCUGGCUCAUGCAGCGUACGUGUUUGUUGGAGAAAAUUACCAGCAUUUAGGGUAGCUGGAGCAGCAUUAGCAGCAUUACACGAAGGCGCAGCUUUGGUACGACUGGCACAACGUGGCGGAAGAAGACCAGCGAGAUUGAGGCCUGCCCGUCCAGAUCUCAAACGACCUAAUAAAACGGAUCUAGUAUAUCUAGAAGAUAGUCCUGACUAUUGCGAAAAAAAUAUAACGCUCGGUAUUCCCGGGACAAGAGGAAGGAUAUGCAAUCGAACAUCUCUUGGAUUGGAUGGAUGUCGAUUAUUAUGCUGCGGUCGAGGUUACCAAACGAGAGUCCGAGAUGUGACAGAAAAAUGCAACUGUCGAUUUGUCUGGUGUUGUCACGUGAAGUGUGAGCUGUGUCGACACAAACGAGAGGAGCACGUGUGCAAUUAGGCGGUGAAGAAAAAAAAAAAAGAAAAA